GGAAGAACAUGUUGGCCAAAACGUGUCCAGAGGCAAUGGCAGCAGACCCUCAGGACACUCCAGUGGGGAAAGCGACAGGGACACGGGGCUCGUGCAGGAGAACUGGCCCAAGCACAGCAUCAGCACCAAGCCCUUGUACCCCGAGGAUGAUGAGUGGGACAACGUGAGCAUCCUGGAGCUGCCUCCAGAACAGGAGGAAGUUUUUGCGGCAGGCGGGCUCGCAGUGGCCGUCCCUCGGGAGGCCUGGGUGGAGUGCCCAGCACAGGAGCCGUGCAGCCAAGGGCCGGCGCCUGCCCCGCACAGCCCCCCCAGCCCCUGGCCUGCCCGGCUGCGAGCCCAGGCCCUCCGCGGGCAGCCAGCUGCCCCCAGGAAACGUCCCUCCCGCUUCAGGCGGGCGCUGCGGGCGCUGCGGGGGCUGUUCCGCUGUCCCUGCCUGAGGCCACGGCCGGAGGAGUGGCACAUUCAGGGCACCGAGGGCAGCGAGUGCUCCCAGAGCCUCCCUCCCUGCCGGGCUGCGGCUCUCACGGGGCUGCCAGCACCAAAGGGAGCUGGGGCCGGCAAACAGGAAUAGGGAGAUGGCGAUGGAGAACACCAACACAAAGGAGGUGACAAAGACCACAAAGACCAUGAAGAAGAUCUUUGAAAGAUUAAGAAGAUGAUGAAGACAAAGAAGAAUAGGCAUUCAAUAAUGCUCUGCAGUGCGGGGCCGGGGCUGUCGUGUGCCAGCGUGGCCAAAGCCUCCCAGGGCUCGGGGCACAGCAGGGCCCACAAGGCCACCAGGCCGGGGGCUGCUCCGAGCCAGUUCCUGUCUGCCCCGCUGCUGUUGGGGUGCCGGGGGUGGCCCUUUGUGACACAAAGGGCACAGGGUGUCACGGCCCUCUGUGAUGUGGGACGUGGUGGUGGCCAGAGAGCCCUGUGAGAUCAGGGAGCCCCGCCCGGGCUGAGGGUGUCCAAGGGGCGCAGAGCCCUGGGGUGCCCAGUCCCAGGAGAGCCGCUCUCUGAGGAGGAAGCAGCUCCCUGGCUCUGUCUGCGCCAGACGCCGAUAGCGAUAGCGGCCGACAGCGACAGACGACGAGAGCGACGAGGGCAAAGCCAACUCCAACUCCUGGUCCCACAGCCCCUUGCCCAGCUGGCUGGAAGCCCCCAGCGGGCAGUGGUCGGGGGCAGUGGGCAGCUCAGUCCUGCCACGGGCACAGGCUGAGGAGGAGGAGAGGCCCCUCGCUGACAUGGAUCGAGAGCUCUCCCAGUGGGAAGAUACAGAAGAGACAUCCCAGAGAGAAGGACCAGGAGUCCAAGAAAUGUCCCGGCAGGGAGCCAGGAGCAGCCAAGAGCUGUACCAAGGCCAGAGUCCCACGGAGGCCGAGCCGGCAGCUGCUGCCCCGGCAGGAGCUGCUGAGGAGGAGGAGCCCCCCGAGGCUCUCCUGUCCCAAGAGGAAGAUUUGGGACACGAAGAGUUGUUCCCGGGGGAGGACGAUGUGAGCUCCAGUUCUGGGGAGAAGCCUGUGGUCACAGUGAAGGAGGAGGACACGCAGACUUGUCCCUCAUCCUGUGACAAGGAGCUGUCCCAGGUUGAAGAGGCCAUCGAGCUCUCUGCAGGGGACAGCAACGCUGAGCCAGAGCUGUCCGAAGUGGAAGAGGAAAUCGAGGACCUUCCAUGGGAUAGCACAAGUGACCAGAUGUUGUCCUCAGUGGAAGACAACAUUGAGGUUGUUCCAGAGGAUGGCAAAAGUGACCAGGAGCUGUCCUCAGUGGAAGAGGCCAUCGAGGGCAUUCCAGAGGACAGCAUGAGUGACAAGGAGCUGUCCUCAGUGGAAGAGGCCAUCGAGGAUAUUCCAGAGGACAGCAUGAGUGACAAGGAGCUGUCCUCAGUGGAAGAGGACAUCGAGGGCACUCCAGAGGACAGCACGAGUGACAAGGAGCUGUCCUCAGUGGAGGAGGACAUCGAGGACAUUCCAGAGGACAGCAAGAGUGACCAGGAGCUGUCCUCAGUGGAAGAGGCCAUCGAGGACAUUCCAGAGGACAGCACGAGUGACAAGGAGCUGUCCUCAGUGGAAGAAGACAUCGAGGGCACUGCAGAGGACAGCACGAGUGACAAGGAGCUGUCCUCAGUGGAAGAGGACAUCGAGGGCACUGCAGAGGACAGCACGAGUGACUGGGAGCUGUCCUCUGUGGAAGAGGACAUCGAGGACAUUCCAGAGGACGGCACGAGUGACAAGGAGCUGUUCUCAGUGGACGUGGCCAGCAAGGUUGUUCCAGAGGUGGGCGUGAGUGACUGGGAGCUGUCCUCAGUGGAAGAGGACAUCGAGGACCUUCCAUGGGACAGCACAAGUGACACGGAGCUGUCCUCAGUGGAAGAGCACAUCGAGGACAUUCCAGAGGACAGCACGAGUGACAAGGAGCUGUCCUCUGUGGAAGAGGACAUGGAAGUUGUUCCAGAGGACAGCACCAGUAACCAGGAGCAGUCCCCAGAGGAAGAGGACAUGGAGGUCUCUCCAUGGGACAGCCCAAGUGACCAGGAGCUGUCCCCUGUGGAAGAUGACAUCGAGGUGGUUUCAGGGAACAGCCCGACUGAUGGGGAGGUGUCCAAAGUGGAAGUGGCCAAUGAGCUCAGUCCAGAGGACAGCACGGCUCUUUCCCCAGAGGGGCCCAGCUCUGCCAGCCCCGUGGGCACAGAGGUGGCAGCAGAGGCAGCCCCUGCCCUGCCCAGCGCCUCUCCUGCCCCAGGCAGUGCCACGGAGGCCGAGCCGGCCGCUGCUGCCCUGUCUGGAGACCCAGAGCUGGCCCAGGAAGUGUCUCAUGGUGAAGAAUGCCUGGAGGAAGAUCUGCCCCACGGGGAAGUCACGAGUUACCACCAACUCUUUGACUGGGAAAAGUAUUUGGAGCAAGACCUGUCCCAGGGAGAAGUCAGCAGCUCCCAAGACCCCUCGGACUGGGAAGAAUGCAUCGAGCAAGUGCUGUCCGAUGGAGAUGUCAGCAGGUGGGAAAUACUUUCCAACAGGGAAGAAUGCAUUGGCCAAGAGCAUUCCCAAGGAGAAGCCUGCAUUGGCCAAGAUGUGUCCAGAGGGAAUGGCAGCAGAUCCUCAGGACACUCCACCUGCGAAAACGACAGUGACACGGGGCUCGUGCGGGAGAACUGUCCCGAGCACAGCAUCAGCACCAAGCCCUUGUGCCCAGAGGAGGAUGAGUGGGACGAUGAUGUGAGCCUCCUGGAGGUGCCCCCAGAACUGGACAAAGAGCAGAAAUGGGAAGUUUUUGCGGCAGCCGGGCUCGCAGUGGCCGUCCCUCGGGAGGCCUGGGUGGGGUGCCCGGCACAGGAGCCGUGCAGCCAAGGGCCGGCGCCUGCCCCGCACAGCCCCCCCAGCCCCUGGCCUGCCCGGCUGCGAGCCCAGGCCCUCCGCGGGCAGCCGGCUGCCCCCAGGAAACGUCCCUCCCGCUUCAGGCGGGCGCUGCGGGCGCUGCGGGGGCUGUUCCGCUGUCCCUGCCUGAGGCCACGGCCGGAGGAGUAAAACAGACACGGAAAAAGAUGAAGAAGAUGAAGACAAUGAAGGAGACGACGAAGACAAUGAAGACAAAGACGACGAAGACAAUGAAGACAAAGAAGACGAAGACAACAAAGACUUCAAUGACAAAGGCUAAGAAGACAAAGAAAAUGGAGAAGACUUAUUUAAGAAUAGAUAGAAGAAGAAUAGUAAUAAGAAUUUAGAAGUACUUAGAAGAAGAAGAGUAAGAAAAUAAGAAUUUAAAAAUAUAUGUAAGAAGAUGAAGAAUAGGAAUAGGAAUAGAUAUAGGAAUAAGAAUAGGAAUAAGAUUAAGAAUAGAAAGAUACAUAGAAGAUGUAAAGAAGAUGUACAGUAGUAGGAAAAAGAAGACUAGUAGGAAGAAGAAUAAGAAGAAUAGGAAUAGAAAAAUAAAAUCUAAUGGAUAAA